UAAAGAUAUUUUAUCUCGCUGGACUUACCCUAUAGUACCUGAUAGUAAUUUACAAGAAGGCGAUAGUUAUGAGUAUAUGCGUGGACAAAUUUAUAAAGAACAAGAUGUAUCAUUAUCGAGGUCCUGCGUCUUGGGUGAAAAGGUUUUAAUUGGUGCCGCUACCGAGAUUGCGGAAAAUGUUAAGAUAACUAACUCGGUUAUAGGUCGAAGAGUCAGUAUAGGACCAAAUGUUAAAAUAGAUGGAGCAUACAUCUGGGAUGGUGUAACCAUCAACGCAAAUUGUUCAAUAUC